AUGAUCCCUAGCAGUCGUUCCUGGCGCUCCGGUUAUGCAACAGCGGGUACGCUGAAGCGUAUCGUGGUGCCUAGCACUGCUGCAAGGGCUCCCAAGCCCAUGCCACGGGUCAUGGCUCCGGUCCGUCCACUUCACAAUGCUUCGGCGCCCCAGCCGACGCCAACAGCGGCGCCGACAACAGCAGAGCCAAAACCUAUGAAGAUUGUGACAGCGUAUGCCUUUGCUGCGAAGCCUCGUGAGACCGUGGAGGUCGAAAAUAAGGACGGGGAAGAGCACGUUAGGCGGUCACCCCCUCCGCGGCUUCGCGGUGGGAUUGAGCCUACGAGUGAGAUUGGGAUAUGGCGAAGUAAUAUGCUGAAGGGUGGCGACGCUGGUGAGGACGCUCUCAUGAUUUCCAAGUCAUUGGACAAUACCUCUGUCAUGAUGGGCGUCGCUGACGGUGUCGGUGGUUGGAGUGAAUCCGGCAUUGAUUCCUCUCAUUAUUCGAAUGCGCUGCUUCAUUAUGCGACAAAAUAUGCAGAGAAGCAUGCGACAUUUCCUACGCCGAAAGCGGUGUUGGAACAUGCCUUUGAGCAAGUUGCGCAAAACCCAGACGUAGUAGCAGGCAGUUCGACAGCAUGCCUUCUACGACUGGAUGGCGUUCACGGCAAGCUUACUUGUGCGAAUGUAGGUGAUUCGGGUUUUGUUCACCUCCGCCCGGAUCCUACGAGCCCUGAACGUCGCAUGAAUGUGGUAUACAGCUCUGCUCCUCAACUGUACGGCUUCAACUGCCCAUACCAACUUGCCAAAGUACCCAAAAAUAUGUUGCAGCCAGGAUCACUUACGAACCAACCUAGCGAUGCUGCCCUUCAUGAGAUGGACUUGCAACGUGGUGAUAUGGUGCUAGUCAUGACGGAUGGUUUUUUGGAUAAUGUACACUGCAAGCUACCACCGAAGGAAUCGCUUACACCUGAUGCGCCGCAACGCCCUGAACUUUUGCAAUUGAUUGACAUGCUUCAAGACAAACAUCGCGAGCACUGGGCUUCGACGAAGAAGCCGAACGCAACAGCCACCGAGGAAAAACAAGACUUUACUAAUGUGGUAGCCUCUACACUCAUGCAAUACGCACGUCUGUGCCAGAUGACGGAAGAGAAGGUGAGUCCCUUCCAAAUCGAUGCGGCGCAGCACGGCUUUCAUUACCCUGGCGGCAAGGUAGACGACAUUGCCUUGAUCUGCGCCAUUGUUGUGUAA